GUCACUCAGCCUCCGUUUUCUUGUUUCCUUCUCUUCAACACAGAAACCUGCUGAGAACAACACAUCGAGGAACCCCACACAACUCCGACGCCCAUCGGCGCCUCCUUCCUUCCUUACUCAUCCGUCAUCUGUGAAUCAUCUCUGACGCCCGGCGCCCCUUCAACAGAACAAUGCUUCGCCCACCUCUUUCAUCGCCAUCGCAGACUGCGGAGACCAUGAUCUCCUUCGGCUCAACAGUGUCUUCCCAUCAAUCCUUUUCCAACACUGCCCUCACUACUCCAGACCUCGGCAGCCCCGGCAAAACAAAAUCAACACUCGAGCCUUUGGUGCAAAUCCUCGAACGAGUCGAGGAAAGUUCAAAGCCUAGCUCUCCAAGUCUUAACCACGUUUCAAAACCGUCUGAAGGGUCGAAGGUUUACAGCAGUGGCUUGGGCAUCAGCGGAGGCCUAAAAGUGAAGGAUGUUGCCAGUCGGUUUGAACAGAUGAGGUCUGCGCAAACGCCCUCACCAACACCCCCUGAACACCGGCCACUCACUGUACCUAGAAAAUCACCUGUCGCGAGGUCAAUAUCCCCUCUCCACACCACACAGAAUCAUUCGCCGACCCUCAGGAGUAAUAGCAGCAAGUCUACAAUGAGACCAUCAACCUCUGUGUAUCAGUCAACGGAUCCCGAAUCAUCCUCUAUUCCCACAAAUCCGCCGUUCGCUGAAACUCCUUACAUCCCAUCUCCGACGCUAGAUAGUGCAUACAAUAACAGUCCAGUCACCAAAAAUGUCCCCACACCUUUGCGAAGAGAUAGGGGUUCAACAAAGAAAAUGAUUCAGAGAUGGGAGUCUUGCUCAUCUACACCCACCCAGCCCGAGGUCCACACGGCUUUCCAAAACGCUCACGGUGUGUUCAGCCGGGAAUAUCUGGACAAGAAACCUCUACCUCCCCCAAAAGACAUCCCCGAUGACAAUGUCAUUGCUGGACUUCCUCGACAUGUCACUCCCUCCAGAUCUCUUCCUCACAAUCCACUGCCCUCAUCCAUCCACAACUCCCCGAAUCAUCUUCGUACACCGACGAAAUCUGGUCGAGGGCAGAAUAAUAACCUUUCGCCCUCGCCUUCAGGAUCACAUUAUUCUCCUCAAGGUAGCCCUUCGGAGAAGAAACAGAAAGUUUCUCCAUUGAAGGAUGUGUUAAACUUUUUGGGAGCACGAAGAAAAGGGAAGGGGAAAGAGAAGGAAAAGGAAAUAAAGAAGGAUUUCGGAGCUUUGAUAGAUGAGAAUCAGGACAGAUUCGGCGUGUUCAUUCCCAAAGACAGAAUGGGAUCUGCAGAGAUGAGAUGGUCCCCCGAUUUCAAGCCUACGAUCCGAUCCGACCCAAUCAUCUAUCUCAUCCCCACUCCGUGCUCAUCUGUCUCUGCUUGGGAUAGCUGGUUGCCGUCAUGGGCGACGCUCACAUCUGACGCGCUCUCCAUCACUUACUGCCCUGUCUUCUCUACCCCUCGAACUGGAAGUUUGAAUACCCCUCGUCGAUGCUCUGGCUCUUCCACUAAGUCUGCCCGAGGUGUGCCUUUCUCUCAAAUCUCAGCACCCAAUCCACAAACCCCCUCAGACAAGACAUUCUCCAUGCAGAAUUGCUUGGAUGUGAGAAUAGUGAAGAAGGAUGAGCUGAAGAGUAAGGGCAUUCCGAUGGCACCGGAUGGAGUGGGAGCAGAGAUCAUCGAAUUAACCUGGGAGGAUAGGAGUAGGAGCUACAUUGCUGUAGAGGGGUCAGAGGGUCGCAACGCUUGGCUCACUGCUAUAAGGGGUAUCUUGCCUAGGACACCAGUUUUGCCGCCCAUCACCCCAUCGGAAACUCCAUUCGGCUCAAUUUCUUCUCCUCUCCGUCGCUCUUCUCGUCAUUCCUCACCUUUGUCAAUACCCCAUCGAGGCUCUAUAGGCACGGUUGAGGAUGCCGGAUUCGGAUCACUUCCAUCGAUUCAGAAGGUUGGAGACGAAUGGGUUGCAGGAGGGCCAUUGCACACUCUGAACAAUGACCUGGAAUCACCACGAUCUAGACCGCGGUUGAAAGAGGACUCACCGUUGCGAGAAAGUGUGAGUCUCAUGUUUGCAGAUAAAGAUCCAUCUCAAACACCGCGGCGACAGUCUUCUGUUCAACAACCAGAGGUCGAGCGCUCGACGUCGCACGCCUCAUCAGAGGCUUCGCAGCGUAUUCUUGAAUGGCAAGCGCCCGUUCAAAAUCAAAAAGGGUUAUCAACCUGUGCCCGAAGCCGACUUCCUCCAACAUCUUUCCUUACUCCAGGAAUCGAUGUCGAAUCUACCGCCAUGCCCCAUUCGGAUACGAUGCUAAGCUUCGACUCGGAGGAUUUGAACCCAUCAAGAUCCGCCAGUCAAGUUGGUCGAGCACCGACGGAUAUUGAUAAGGGGGAAAUAACGCCGAAGCAAACGAAAACGGAAGGGAGAGGCGAGGUUAAGUCAAGAGCGGCUGCAUGGGAAGCCAGGAGCGCUCUGUCUUCAGAACAGGAACUUGAUCCGUUCGGGGCACCGACACAUAUCAGCCGCAUCACGUUCCCGAAACCCUCCGUUGGCAGUGCAAGUCUUGCGACUUCUCCAAAGAUCAGCCUCACUCCUACGAGCUACAAAGUUGAUAUUUCAUUUGGUCAUACGAAGAACGACAACCUGUUCAACCAUUCUACAUCACCUUCAAGGACAAUGCGAAUGGCGUUGGAUGGUCUCCCACCGAGUAGACCUGUCUCACAGUUUACCACUCAACCACUACGGCUGCACAAAAAUGUUGGUUCACGUCCUAACAAUUCUCAUUCUUCGAGCACAGAAACGCUCGUCAAUACGCCAGGAAGGGAGAUGGUCAUGAGGGAUGAACCAACCGAUACUAUAUCACGGGCCAGCACUCUUUCAACACCGUCAACCUAUGAAAAAGAAAACUCUAAUGAAGAGGUAAUAAGCAGGCCAACCGUGCGAGGUCCCAGACCAGUUUCAAGCAACACUUUUGGUCGUCGAGUCUCUUCAAGAAUACCAUCUGCAAGUUCCCAGACGACACCCCCUACCAGAGCCGUCACACCUGCUGUUGUAGCUCAGCCUUCGACUUCGCGAGAUCUUGCAAUGGGGGCAGUUUCGAGCCCAAGCCCGAUGUCAGCAUCCGGUGCGUCUCAACGACCGAAGCACAGAAGCUCGUUGUUGUCGCAUAGAGUGCCCAGUAAGCUCUACCUGACCGAGGAGGAGAAAAAGAAGCAAAACGGACAAAAAACUGGAGAGGAUAAGGCGCCCUCUCCCACAGCGGAAUUAUCAGGGCUUGCUGAGGUUGAAAAUAAGGAAGAGGACUUGGCUCCUCUUUUUACUCGAGCACCUUUUCCAAGACCUGCGAGCAUGAUGACGGCGAAGAGCGCUUGCAGUCCUGAAAGCGAUACUACCCAGUCGCUUCCCGGCCUUCCUGUAGCCCUAUCUCUCGAACAGGAACCUUCUCCCAUCCUCAAUGAUGUCCACCCUCUGCCACUUACUGAAGAGCCUACAGUGCCCAUUGCCCUGCCUUCCGCGAAUCUCAAUAAAAUUCUAGAAAACGUUCAGGUCCUCAUGGAUCAAUCCCGAAUGAUAUCUGAUCCUGAGACUGCGCCUUAUCCCAAAGCUCUCCAGGAGAAAUUAGAGGCCCUCCAUGAAGAUUUGACAGCUGUGCGCCGCAGUUUGUUGGAGACCAGUCAAGAAAAAGGUUUAGUCGUUGAAGAAGACAAUCUUUCUCCUCCUGCCGGCGCACAAGAGCCUUUGGAUUUGAGUAAGGUGUACGGGCAUCUGGAAAGCCUAGAAGGCCGUACGACUUCAAUAGCUGAUCCAGAGACUGCCCCUUACCCGAAGGUCUUGGAAGAGAGGCUAAAUACACUGUAUGCGGAAGUUGCUAUGAUACGGAGACUUAUCGAAGAGACGAAAGCCCAGCAGGAAAUAGGAGCCAUUGGGAACGUAGCGACCGCGGAGCAUACUGCAAAUGAUGCGGCAGCCGUUUCCUGUGCUCCGACACAGGUUUCAGAUGCCUCUUUCGCAGGAUCAGCAAUGAUGGCGAUGCCGGUGCCAUUCGAAUCUAAAUCAGGUAACAUCGAAAUGGAAGAUACACCUCAUCUACAGGCUGUCGAGCUUGCAGACCUUCCCCGUGAGAAGGCCCUGGCAGCCGCAGCUCCUAACCUGCGGCCUGCAUCUCCAACACCCAUACAGCCACCAAUGCCCGGACGUCGAUGGCCUGCUCAUCUCAUUAUGCCAGCUCCUCUCGCUCCGCAAGCUUCUCAAUACAACACUUCUCGUUCGCUUGCCGAUGCUCCUAGAAGUCCUCUGAAUUCAGCGGUCGAAGACAAGUCUCCCCCACAAACGUCAUUUGCGGUUCCUGAAGGCAUGCAGAACGACCAUCCCCUGAUCAUGCCUGAGCUCUUCGCCCUCAGGACUCCGGUCGAAGCUACGCAGAAGGAAGUCGUGCCUCAGCCGGUACCGUCAGAUGUAUCAGAAAUUCACCGAAAACUUGAUCAUUUGACCGCCCUUUACCAGGCCUUCCUCGGCCGACAGUGUGAAGCGACAACUAGCAGCAAGGAGACUGAGAAAGUUGCAAUAGUGACAACGGAUGUGCCUGGGCCGAUCAAUUUCGAAGGAAAACCGGAUGGUGGAGAAAAUGGAAUGAUUCUUUCGGAAAGUGAAACGCCUGGGACGGAUAAUGACCCCUCUAUCGAGCGUUUCUCGACCAUCAUGCGCAAAGCAGUGGAAAGCCCAGCUGCUCCAGUCACUCCCAAAACGGUAGCUAGCCGAAAGCCCGUUCCGUCAUUCAAAGAAGAGACUGGAGCGUCUAAUGAAGUCGAAAAUGUGAUCGUUGGAGAACAUAUAGCACGCCCGGAUGAGAAGAAUGAAGAAGAAAAAUACGCAGGUGAAGAAGUGGCUAAGAUAAUGGGCGACAGCUCCGACGAACCCAAACUUCUAAAACAGCAGGAGCUACAUGUACUCAGCAAUGUCCCGACACCAUCCGAACGCGGC